GCAUCUUAAAACACAUAAUACCACCAAACUGUCUUAUUAUAUCAAUAUGAUUCUAUAUAUAAAUAGGACACUCAUAGUUGACCCUAGAAAUUUCCCUAACAAAUCUACCUAGUCCUCUCAUUACCCCACGUGCCAAAACCCUCGCUUUACUUUGCUUUCUUUCCAAACAUGGCUUCAUCCUCAUCUUCAUCAAAGAGACAUCCACUGUACCAUGGAAUCCGUUGCCGCGGAGGAAAAUGGGUCACUGAAAUCCGUGAGCCACGUAAGACCAACCGCAUAUGGUUGGGCACGUUCCUCACGCCGGAGAUGGCCGCCGCCGCCUACGACGUGGCGGCGUUGGCUCUCAAAGGCGGCGAGGCGGUUCUCAACUUCCCGGACUCAGUUGCCAAGUAUCCAGUUCCCGCGUCCAAAUCCCCUGCGGACAUCCGCAGCGCAGCCAUUGCUGCAGCAGAACUCAUGAAGUCUGAAGUCAGCCGCAACAACGUUAAUGCAGUAGCUCAGUCUGAUAACACAGAGGGUGAUGGUUACGGUUACGAUAAUGCUGUUGGUCCCUCGUAUGAAACUGAGUUUGUCGACGAGGAAGCCAUAUUCUCGAUGCCGAGUUUGCUGGUCGACAUGGCUGAGGGAAUGUUGCUAACCCCUCCCAGAAUGAGCUCACCCUCUGAUUACUCGACCGAAAAUUUUGUUGGAGAAAAUCUGUGGAACUUUUGAUCCAUCUAUAUAUAUUAAGUGAUUAAUUAAAAUAAUAUAUAAUGGAACAUAACUCGGAAAGUUGAUGUAAAUUAAUUAAGUAGGGCUACUUUGUUCUGAGACCAUGUGUGUCUCCGUGUGUUUUAGUAGGUCUACUAUAAUUUAUGUGUGUGCUUGUUUCCAUGGUUGUGACGAGAAUUCGUCCUCACUGGCCAUGAAGCAUUCGUAUAGGAAGUUUUUCUAUGUUUUGCUUUUGGUUUUGUGAUAUGAUGUGUGAGGCAUUUGUAUGAAACUUUUUCUUUUCUCUUUUUGAAUA